UCCUCGUGGUCGGAACUGUUCCCCAGAGACUUGGAAAAGUCGGGGUAUCGCUACGCGCGCGAAUUAUUUGAAACUUUUUGAAUUUUUUUUUCUUGUUUUGUGAAAAGAAAAUGUAAGUGAUCUACUAAGAACUGCGAAAAGCGGAAUAAAAAAUUCAAGACUUAAUCCUAUUUCCCAAUUUUUUUUUUAUCUGAAAAGUGGAAAGGACUUUAAGUCAAGUUGCAAAGCCGAGUGAAAAAAAAUCCAGAGAGAAGAGGUAGAAAAUCUGAGAAGAGUUUUGGAAGAGAAAAAACGAAGAGAAAAAAAGAGUAACACUCGUAAAAGCCGAUUCGAUUCUCUGGCUUAUCCUCGACGAAAAAAAGGGGGAUUGGGUUGAGAGGAAGGGAUUUAGCUCGAGCGUCGAAUGCCUUCAAUUCGAUCAUCUGAUAAUCAAUUAGGCUUAAUUAUCAAUUAAUCUGGAAAAUUCUGGUUGAGAGUGGUAUUGCAGUUGAUGGGGGUGGGCAAUUGAGAGAUUAUAAAGAUCUACAAAAGCCCCGGGGGGGCUUGGGUGGGAGUAACUCAUCCAUGAGUUCGUUAAGGGUACCACCGGUCAACGGAUGAUUAUGGAGUCAACAACUUGGAGACGCGGGGCAAUGUCGAUCAGAUCGAUUAUCAUCUGUUUAGGAAUUUUAGCUGUUAUCAAUCAGUCCAGAGCCAGUUGGGAGGAGUGGUGGACCUAUGACGGCAUUUCCGGUCCUUCAUUCUGGGGUCUUAUAAAUCCACAAUGGUCACUGUGCAGCAAAGGUAGACGCCAGAGUCCCAUAAACAUUGAGCCAGACAAGUUACUAUUCGAUCCACACUUGAGACCGGUUCAGGUGGACAAACACAAGGUCGCUGGACACUUACACAAUACCGGCCAAUUUCUGGUCUUUAAGGCUGAUAAAGAGUCUAAGGUCAGAGUUAAUAUCACUGGAGGUCCAUUGGCGUAUCAUUACCAGUUUGAAGAGAUUUAUAUUCAUUAUGGAAUGGAUAAUAAACUAGGAUCGGAGCAUCGUGUCAAUAAUUACCCCUUUCCUGCUGAGAUCCAGGUUUAUGGAUUCAAUGCUGAGUUGUAUCAUAAUAUGAGUGAGGCGCAGCACAAGAGCCAGGGACUCGUCGCUAUUUCAAUCAUGGUUCAGCUUGGCGACAGGCCGAACCCCGAGCUCAGGAUCAUAACCAGUGUGUUCAACAAGGUACAAUACCGAUCACAAACGGCCUCAGUUGGUCAUCUAUCCCUGAGGGAAUUGUUGCCAGAAACCGAUGGCUACAUGACCUACGAGGGUAGUACAACGCAUCCUGGCUGUUGGGAAACAGCAGUAUGGCUCAUACUGAAUAAACCGAUAUACAUCAGCGCACAAGAGUUGUACGCACUCAGAAGACUGAUGCAGGGUACAGAGAAAACACCAAAGGCACCGCUUGGUAAUAACGCAAGACCACUUCAGGGUCUUCAUCACAGGACUAUACGUACAAACAUUGAUUUUCACAAACCACCAGAUGCCAAAUGUCCAUCGAUGAAACCCGAUGCACGUUAUAAAGAUGAAUUUUUCUUUGCAGCUAACACGUGGAAGGAUGGACCCCUUCCCCACAAUGGUGUAUGAGCCAUUAAUCAAAAUCAUUAAUGAGAAUUCACUGAUUUUAACCGGUAUAUUUCUAUAAGAAUAUUUUAAAAUGAUGAAUUUAUUCUAAAUUAACGGUGAAAAAAACAAUGCAAUGCUAUACAGUGCGAAAGAGUUGUGCUUUGUCGUGCAUUUUUUUUAUUUAUUUAUUCAUUUUUUUCCAAGCGAUGAUGAACAGAAAUGUAUUGAUGACAUGUCACCAAGAGUUGAAGUUGUGAAAUGAGAAGAUGAGAUUUUUUUUAAUGAAUUAAAACAUUAAAAAGGAUUUUUUUUAUACCGGCGUGAAAAGUAAUAAUUUAUGGCCGAUUUCAAGGUCUUGAAAAUUGCCUUUUACAGGCGUCGAUGCCGUUUUCGCGCACAUGAAAGUAUAUUUUACGGACUCGUACGGGAAAUACAAUUUUCGAGCCGUAUAUAGCGGCCGUAAAGUAGAAUUUUUCACCACAGAAGUGUGAAAAAAUAUAGAUUGCAAAAAAUGACUCCAUUCUUUUCCCUUCAUUUUCCUUCAAAUCUCCUUUCUCUCAUCUUCUCAUUUCACUAGAGAAAAAGAGACAAAAGUAUGCAUCCGUAAAUUGAAAAAAAAAAUCAAUAAUCGAGAGAGCUUUAUGUGUUCCGAUAAGAUAAUACUCGAAACAUCUACGCAACAAGAUUUUAAAAAAACUAUCCAACAGCCAAACAAGAGUUUCUAAACAACCAGAAAAAUCCGAAUGAAACAGAACAAAAUUGUUCGAGGAAAGAAAAAAAACUAUUGACAAAAAAUUGUCAAUUAUUUUGUAGAACAAGAUAAUAUACAAAAUUAAAUACAUGGAUAAGUGAAGAACGUAAUUAAAUUCUCAAAACUGUCCUCUCGCGUGUCCCCCAGUGGUGCCCGAGAAUUUUAAAUCAAGUGUUUUCCCCGGUGGGCUUGCCCAGAUGUUUUUUAAUUGUUGACGUUGAUUCGUCGGACGUGACUAAUGAAACAACAGUUAAACGAUUUAAACAAUGAAGAUGAAAAGAAGAAUUCAUUAAUUUAGAGCAAGAGUGAAUUAACGAUUGGGAUUUAAAAAAAACACAAUAGAGUUUAGAUGACAAAUGGAUGAUUUAUCCACUAAAUUAAAAAAUUGAAUGAACAAUUUUUUAUGGAAAUUCAAAUUUUAAUUUUGCAAAAAAUGGAAUUGUCGAUUGAUUUUGUACAUUUUUUAUGACAAAAAAAUUCUAGUUGACUAUUGGAUAAUUGUAUUCCGUUGAUCAUUCAAUUGAACAAUUUCAUGGAUAAAUAUCCUGGGCUUUUGUAUAUAAAUUCAAGUAUAGGCAAAAUGGAUUAAAAGAAAAAAAAAUCUAGUCUGAAAAAAUGAAGAGUGUAUAGAGAAUAAAAAUUGUAUAUUAAUGAAACAAAAGGACUUUACCUGUAUCGAUUAACGAUUGUGGUUAAUGAAUAAUGGAUAACAAUAAACAUAAUGUUAUAUUGUA